AUGGCGUUGAAGUAUCCUGCUUGCGUCACUGUGGCAGCGGUAGCUGCGGCCGAGGAGGAUCCUUGCUCCACUUUAGAACGUGUUUACGCGGAGCCAACUAACUGGUACAUGUUUAAUGAAGACGAAAUUACUCGUAACGACACUGUGGACAUAGCCAAGCUUAAACGGAUAUUGUGCGACAUUAAUUCGGAUCAAAAUAUAUCGAAUUUAGAUAAAUACGGGCCCAUGACCGACGACACUCCGAUACUGCUGGUUCAAGUGCAUAGAGACGUUCAACGGCUGCAGUUCCUCAUUUUCUCCUUGGCGCAAGUUCGGCACAUACACAUUACACUUUUGAUAUUCUCCCACAGCUAUUACGAUGAGAAGAUUAGCCGGUUGAUAGGUGGUAUAGAUUUCUGCAAGGUGAUGCAAAUUUUUUAUCCUCACUCCUUGCAACUUCACCCUCACAAAUUUCCCGGCGUAGAUGACGAAGACUGUUUGCCCGGCGCGGCCAUAACCGACUGCAUGAUGCGGGAUGCUAGAGUCACUGAAAACAAGCAGCUCUGGUGGUGGAAGGCCAACUUUGUCUUCAAGAAAGUGCAGUGGGCUAAAACGCACCGGGCUCUGGUGAUUUUUCUCGAAGAAAACAAUUAUGUAGCGCCGGAUUUGAUCCACAUGCGCAGCGCGCGUUGCUAUACUUUCCACAGGUGA